AUGGGUAAACUCUCAGGGACGACGAGUUGUGCAAUUUCGGAGGCAGCGUUUUGGCUAGGCCCGCCUGUCUGUCCACUUUUGCAGCACGCAGCACCUCAAGGCCGCCUGUCCGUCCCACCGGUGGCCCGUUUGCGCGCGCGCGCGUGGGCAAGUGGAGGGUGCGCACCGAGCGCGGGCUGGCAUGCGCCUUCUGUCCGCGCUGGAAUUCCCCAUCCACCCACCGUAUUUAUGCAUGCCCCUCAACUGGGCGAGCUAGCGAACGAACAAACGAGGGAAGCAGCAGCAUUUCACGCAGAAGUGUGA